UUUUCUGGAUUUCAGAUGUUUAAAUUUGUUGCCUUCAUUCCCUGCACCCCAGAUCCCAGCUCACAUAGAGGUGCAGGGAGACGGACUCAGACAUCCCAGGGGGAGCAGUGUUCCCCAGACUUCAGAGGAUAUAACAGGUACGCCAUUGGCAUCGCCUAUAAAUCAGCCCCAAAGAAUGAGUGGAUUGGCAAGAACUCCUCAUCCUGGGUCUUCUCCCGCUGCAACAGCAACUUUGUGGUGAGACACAACAACAAGGAGAUGCUGGUGGACGUUCACCCACAGAUGAAGCGCCUGGGCAUCCUCCUGGAUUAUGACAACAACACCCUGUCCUUCUACGACCCGGCCAGUUCUCUCCAUCUGCAUACAUUCAACGUUUCCUUCAUCCUGCCGGUGUGUCCAACGUUUACCAUCUGGAACAAAUCUUUGAUGAUCCUGUCAGGCCUGCCUGCUCCAGACUUCAUCGAUUACCCAGAGCAGCAGGAGUGUAACUGCCGACCGCAGGAGUCCCCGUACGUAUCAGGGAUGAAAGCCUGCCACUAAGCAGCAGCCAACCCCUGUCAUGCUCCACAGUGGAUCACAGGAAAUGUUUGUGGGGGCUUCUGAAAGCUGGGUUGGAAAGCAGGCCCUGCCGCCAGAUACAUAACGCUUGGCGAGUGAGCACCUCCCACAGGAAUCUCAUUUUUAAGGGAAAAACAAAACUUUAAAAGCGAUUGACAUGAACUCUGUGACUGAGCUCUGUGUGUGCGGGAAUAUGGCUUGUGAAACUCCUUUGUAGCGGGAUGGCGUUCCUACAGCUGGACUGUCACAGGGCUUGUUUGGGAGUGAGUGAAGGGGGAUGUGGGCAGUGCUUGUUCCAGGGCCCCCUAGGAGUGUGGGCAAGGGAGGGGAUCCUGGGCAGAGCAGGGUGUGGCCUGGUAGGGGCCAGCUUGAGCACCAACCAGCUCCAUUGACCAUCGCCAUUUAGAUGGGGGGCUGCAAUCGGCCGCAUCUCAGGAAGGAUCCAUCACAUAAGCAGCGUGGUUUUCAAUGUCACCCAGACAGGCGGCCGCAGCCAACCUCAAGAGCCAUUCAACUGUAUGCAGAUUGUGAAAGUGGAACCCGCUCUAAGAGAGCCAUCCAGCUGCUUCGCCUGCGGGGUGUAGCUGGUGUGUUUAGUUAACAGGGGCACACGCUUCCUCCCGCUCGGGGGGACGCUCAUAGACCUGAAAUCUGGCUCCCCCCAGUGCUCCCUCUUCUUCCGUUAUAACUGCCUCCUUUGGGAGGCCCUUUGUCAUUAUACAUCAGGGAGGCCCCAGCCAAGCCCAGCUCUGGUUAAUAUCUGAUCUGUGAAAUGGAGCAAGCUGAGGUGUCUGUCCCCUCCAGUGCCCAUCUGGGGCCUGUGGAGAGCACAGGCCCCAUCAUGCAAUGCUACUUCUUGAGGCUGGGCUAGGUCAUGCUCCAUGGUAGAGAUGCGUCUGGCCAAAGGAUGCACUGGUUUAAUGUAGGCCAUCCUUCUGGAAAGAGUGUGUGUUGGGAGUGGGGAAAGGGCCCAGUAUCACCUGGUGCUGCUGCUGCUGCCGCCAGGCAGGAGGAGUGGAAUCUGGCCAGACAGCACCAUCUCCAGAGAAGCAGGAGAGAGCCAGUGGGCCAUGGGGUGUAUAACUACUGUAGUGUACAAGGACUGUAUCCAUUAUUUAUGCCUCUGCACACAGCCCUGAUCAGAAUUCACUUUCUCCUCUGUACGUUGUGUUGGUGUGAGGGUGACUGGGGGCUACAAGGGAGUAAAAUCCAGAAGACCAAAUAUGAGCUCUGAUAGCAAGCAAGGCAGCCUGGCCGGGCAAAGUCCGUCUAGCUCGUUCUCUGUCCCAUGCUGGCUGGUUCUUGGGGUCGCCUCUGGAGUCAAUGCAGAGCCGUUCCUUUCACUCUGAAGUUAACCUAUGGGGCGGAGAUCAGAAUCCAGUCCCCGGACCUUUAUGUUUGGGUAACUUUGCCCCCUCUCAUGCAGAGACUUGCCCAAGGUUUUUGUUCCCCAUGAAUCCCAGCUGGUCUGACCCUCCCUGGAAGGCACCUUGCAUCAUCACUUACGCUGGGACCGAGCAAGGGCAAGUUCUGCUAAUCCUCAGCUCUUCCCUUCCUGAUGCUGGGGGGAGCGUGUUGCGUAGAUAGCUGUGAAUGACAACAGGAGCUGGGCAGGGGAGGAUGGGCCUGCAUGUGUCAGAGGAACCGCAGGUCAUGGGGAGACAGUGCCCAAAACACACAGAAAGCUGCCUCGUGGGGCCUUUGAUCUGAAUUGGGAGAGGGAUAGGCAAUGUCUUAACUUUCAUAGGUGCAAAGGGAAUGCCGUCACCAGCAUGUGCGACUUACGAUGUCUCGGUUCCAGCUGCUUCUGCAGCUGUGGGCAGGUCUAGCCUGGGUUUGCAGCCUUCCACACCAGAGCCGUGCUGCUGCAGACCCUCAUUCCAUGCUGUGGACAUGGCUGUCUGAAUAUCAGUCUACUGGCUUUUAAAGUCUGGUUCUUUCACACACAGCUGGUGCUGUUCUGCCAGGGACCCAGCAUCCAACCAGCUUUUAGAACUGGCGCUAACAAAACCUCCGUAUCUUGGGAAGUCUCUCCUUUGGAACGAGGUUUGGCUCUUUUGUCCAGCCAAGCACCAGGCUGGCAGUAUUGGCUAGUGCCGGUCCAGGGGCCAGGGGCUGCGU